AGCGUGUGCCGGCUGGGCUGCUUCCGGUUUGCUAGUGCCUGCUCAGUUGCAGGCAUGGUGUGGGGCGCAGUGUAACCAUAGCAGCAGCGCCCGUUAUGCUGGUUUCUCGCUCGGGGCUGAGCAGAUUUGUGUCUCGGUGUUUGUCGUCCCCGGCUGUCAGGCGGCGGAGCAGCAUGUCGGAGGGCAUGGAGCAGAGGAUGGUGUGGGUGGACUUGGAGAUGACCGGACUGGACAUCAGGAAGGAUGAGAUUAUUGAGAUGGCUUGUUUAAUAACGGAUUCUGAGCUCAACAUACUCGCUGAGGGCCCCAAUUUGAUAAUUAAACAGCCGGAUGAGUUACUGGAUAGCAUGUCUAACUGGUGCAAGGAGCAUCAUGGAAAGUCUGGCCUUACCCAAGCCGUGAGGGACAGCAAAAUAUCAUUAGCACAAGCGGAGUACGAGUUCCUGUCAUUCAUUAGAAAACACACUCCACCCGGCUUCUGCCCUCUGGCUGGAAAUUCUGUGCACGUGGAUAAACAGUUUCUGAACAAAUAUAUGCCGCAGUUUAUGAGACACCUGCAUUACAGGAUAGUUGAUGUCAGUACCGUGAAGGAGUUAUGCAGACGUUGGUAUCCUGUGGAAUAUGAAUGUGCACCAAAGAAAGCCGCUUCUCAUAGAGCUUUGGAUGAUAUCAGAGAAAGCAUUAAGGAGCUUCAGUUUUACAGGCAGAGCAUAUUUAAGAAGGCAACAGAUGACAUGGAAUAAGACGGGGAGUUAUUCUACAUUUUACUUUACGUCCAGUACAGGGGCUCAGCAGGGUUGCUCUGCAUAUUCAUUUGUAAGACCAAAGUUCUGUGGGUGUUGUGGAUGAAUCAGCACAGGAAUCGAAUAUUUUACCUAUUUAAUAAACUUGCUUAUUUGAAUUUUA